CCAAUACACUUGACUGUAGCUGGCUGGCUACUAGCGUGAUGAGGCUAAGCUAGCUGUCAGUCAGUCACCGGAUGUUCCUGGACGCACGUCGUCGUCGGCUUGUCUUCUUGACAUUCCCAUCAAACAUUCCCGGACGAAUUCGUGUCGACUGACCAGAGUCCGCGAAUUCACGUCCGGCUCCCUCGUUGGUCAUCGAGCCUUUCCCUUCCCACGCCGCCGCCGCACCGCUAGCGUUGCUUAGCUUACCGGCUAAGAGAGCCCUGAACCGAAGGACCACACCCAUAAAAGAUGUCCCUUCACCAGUUUUUGUUGGAGCCCAUCACCUGCCACGCGUGGAACCGCGACAGGACACAGAUUGCCAUCAGCCCCAACAACCAUGAAGUUCAUAUUUAUAAGAAGAAUGGAAAUCAGUGGGUCAAGACUGACGAGCUGAAGGAGCACAAUGGACACAUUACAGGAAUCGACUGGGCCCCCAGGAGCGACCGCAUUGUGACUUGCGGCGCUGACCGCAAUGCGUACGUGUGGUCCCAAAAGGAGGGUGUGUGGAAGCCCACGCUGGUGAUUCUCAGAAUCAACAGAGCCGCCACCUUUGUUAAGUGGUCCCCGCUGGAGAACAAGUUUGCGGUGGGCAGCGGCGCGCGGCUCAUCUCAGUCUGCUACUUUGAGUCGGAGAAUGACUGGUGGGUGAGCAAGCACAUAAAGAAGCCCAUCCGCUCCACAAUCCUAAGUCUGGACUGGCACCCCAAUAACGUGUUGCUGGCUGCUGGGUCCUGUGAUUUCAAGUGCAGGGUGUUCUCAGCCUACAUUAAGGAGGUGGAGGAGAAGCCAGGCCCGACGCCUUGGGGCAGCAAAAUGCCUUUCGGGGCUGUGCUAGCAGAGUUCGGAGGAGCAGGAGGAGGAGGUUGGGUCCACUCUGUGUCUUUCUCGGCCUCGGGGAACCGCCUGUCGUGGGUCAGCCACGACAGCACAGUUACUGUCGUGGACAGCUCCAAGACUGCCUGUCCUUUGCAGCUGAAGACAGAGUUCCUGCCUCUCCUCAGCGUCUGCUUUGUGACAGAGAACAGCCUAGUAGCUGCGGGCCACGACUGCUGCCCUAUGCUGUUUCGCUGCGACGACGCUGGCGUUCUGACCUUCGUAUCCAAGCUGGACCUGCCCAAGCAGAGCAUCCAGAGGAACAUCUCCGCCAUGGAGCGCUUCCGCAACAUGGACAAGAGGGCAACCACUGAGGACCGCAACACCACGCUGGACACCCUGCACCAGAACAGCAUCACCCAAGUGUCUAUCUACGAGGGAGACAAAAGGGACUGUCGCAGGUUCUGCACCACCGGUAUCGACGGCGCCAUGACUAUUUGGGACUUUAAGAGUCUAGAAGCUUCUAUCCAGGGUCUCCGCAUCAUGUGAAGAAAUGUGAAUGGAAAAACAAGGAGACGCUGCGACCUCACCAACACUCACCCCCUCGCUCCUUCUUCCCAUAUUAACACACACACACACACACACACCUUAUCAAGUGUCCACCGAAGCACUGAUCAGGCUGUAACUAACACACAGACACACCACACACACUGAACUGACGUGUGACAUCACUGUUGAUUUUCUUUAGUUGCUGUCGUUUGAUUUUUAAUGAAGCAGAAGAGGAGGUUCCGUAUUAUUAAAAAAAUUUUGACGUGUUUUUUUUAUGUUCUCUAACCCCCUCCAAAGUACCAAAAGGUAAACACUAAACGGUGCGUUUUAUCACGAAGAAAAAAAAAAAAUGAAGAAAAAUCAGACUGAAUAUCACCACGGCUGAGCCUCCAUGUGAAUAUAUCAGCGUGGCGUCGAAGUUACGGACGUUUUCUCUCACUCCCCGUGACAGCGUCGCUAUCGUGCCUCUGUCGUAGCUAGGAGCUCAUGUAAGAUGGAGGAUGUUCGUGCUAAGUGAGGUUAAAUAAAGUUCAGAUGCAUUUACAGAACA